UCGGCCCGCCGGCCCGCUGCCGCUGCCCCGGCCCGCGCUGACCCCCGGGACCCCCUGGCUUGGGCCCGGACUUUUCGCGGAGAAAUCGCAACUGGCGGCGGGGCCCGCGGUCCGGUACCGGUCUCUGGUCAAAGGAGUCCGUUCCACCAGUGCUGCUUCUUGCUGCUUCCAAGUGCUGCUCUCCUGCUGCACGUUUCUCUCAGCGUGCCCCCGUGCUGCCUCCAGCUCUUGAUCAAUCCAGAUCAGAAGAAGAUUCAAAGUUUUAUAUAGGAGUUCAAGGAUGUUCUUAUUUUACCACUAUUGAUGUUUUCCCUAGCAUUUAUUCCUAAUUUUUAAAGUGUACAGUAUCAUUCGAACUCUAGAUUUGAUGCUGCACGCAUUUAUCAAAACUGUGCUGAUAUAAGAAGCUGCCAUGGAUGCCCUUGUAGAAGACGAUAUCUGCAUUCUCAACCAUGAAAAAGCUCAAAAGCGAGAUUCAGAGAAUCCUAUUUCAAUAUUUUCCGGAGAUGAGUCGGUAGCUUCCCACUUUGCUCUUGUCACCGCAUAUGAGGACAUCAAAAAGCGACUAAAGGAGACUGAGAAGGAGAAUUCCUUCUUGAAGAAAAGAUUAAGAAUUUUAGAAGAAAAGCUCAUUGGAACUCGGCUAGACGAAGAAACAAGUUCUGUGGGACGGGAGCAAGUAAACAAGGCGUAUCAUGCUUACAGAGAAGUCUGCAUUGAAAGAGAUACUCUGAAAAGCAAAUUGGAUAAAGCGAACAAGGAGAACUCUGAAUCUGUGAAAGCGUUGAAUGAGCAGUUGCAGUCUCAAGAAGUAGAGCUGCUCCAGCUUCGGACCGAAGUGGAGACACAACAAGUGAUGAGGAAUCUAAAUCGACCUCCAUCUAACUGGGAGGCGGAAAAGUUGAGCAGUGAUCUGAAAAUCCGUGACUUGGAACAAGAUGUGGAGCUGAUGAGGAAGGAAUGCAAUAAUCUCAAAAAAGAACUUAAGAAAUCCAAACAGAAGGACCUGUCUCAGGAAAUCAAUCUCAAUAACAGGGACUUCCAAAGACCCAGCAUUCAGAGUGAUGAUAUGCAGUAUGCGUACUGGGAGCUGAAGAAAGAAAUGUCUAAUUUACAUCUGGUGACUCAAGUGCAAGCUGAACUACUCAGAAAACUGAAAACCCCAACUGCAAUCAAGAAAGCUUAUGCUCCGGUGCAGUGUGUUGAAGACUUGGCAAAGGACUGCACAAAAUUGCAUCUGACUGCUUAUACCGCAUCCUACAAAAAACACGCGUACUGUUUCCCAAAUGACCCGGCUCUCUGCAAUGCCACAGUUCUUCCCGUGCCCGGAGAAAUAAAGAUCUUAUCGGAAAGGGAAAGUCUCCAAUCUUGGACAGAAAAUGAAAGACGUUUUCUUGGUGGAGACACAAACUUUCAGGAGCACAAUUCCUAUGGCAAGAGUUCUUUAGAAGAUAAUUCCUGGGUGUUUCCAAGUCCUCCCAAGUCUAGCGAUACAAUAUUUGGAGAAAUCAAAUCACCUUCACCCAAUCUCCCAAUGAACUGCCUAGACCAGCAAAAUCAAAAUUGCCUUUUCAAGAGUUAAACUAUUCAGAAGAGUGUUGUGAGCUUGUGGCGAUUUAAGUAUCUGACAGUUGGAUAAGCCAAGAAAUAGCAAGCCUCAAAUGGGUUUGGGUUAAGGGAGUGCUCAAAGUUUAUCUUCCAUUCCAUAACUACACUAAAUUUUCAACACACUUAAACGUUUGUUAAGCGGUGACUAUUAUUCCUAGAAAUUUUUGGCCAAAAUAACGUUGCUAAUUCCACACAGAUUCAGUACUUGAGAAAUUUUCAUGUUUCUGAACAACUCUACCUUUGAAUGGAAGGACGGCUGUAGCUUCAGGCACUUCAGGUAAAGAAUGGGAUUAGAACCAACUUUCGAUUACUAAUUCGCUCUGAUGGGUAUGUGGAAUUACCUAUUAAAUUCAUACCAUUUAAAAGUAUGAAUUGCCAGCGUUAGAAGUGGAUAAAUUCUAUUUCCUUGAGUGGCUGUAGGAAGAACAAGUUUAUAGGGAUCCAAUUUCUUCUUGCUACUCCACCUUAAAUAUGAAAAGUGAAAUCGCUAUGUAGAACACAAUGGUGAUUACUACUGAUUUGUAAUAAAUCAGCUUUAAUUAUUUAAGGGCACCCUAGCAUCUCUGUUCCUGAAGCUUCCUGAAGCCUUAAUUGAAAAACAAGAUAGAUCUGUUUCACACUGGCGUGUGGCGAUUGAUUGGAUGAUAUAGUUGGUUUAAGUGAAAAAAUCCAAAAGCAUCUUUAAUCUGAUUAAAUGGCGCAUGUGCAUACUCACACGUUUACUUAACUGGCGUAGCUUAAUUUUCCGAAGAACAACUUUCUUUUUUAGCAGAGCAGUUUUAAAAUGUAAAAUCUUAAAAUGUAUGAGGAUUAUUUCAAAUGUACAAAUAAAUCUGUAUCGUUGCUGCCAUACUGAGGUGCCCAGCUAUCCAGAAAUCCAUCUGCUUCGUGGUAAGUGCAAGAAGGGGAAGUGGGACUUAAUAGCUAGCUACUAAAAAGAAUAUGGAAGUAACAGAUCGGGCCAUCAACGAGUAAGCAGUACUCACGUAAUGUGAGCGGUACCUGGCAAGGCACCUUUUUCCCGGUGAUGAGUUGUUUCCUGAGAGGAUGCCUGUAACCUUUCCAGUAUCAGAGAUACAAUUUUGUACAUCUUGAACUUACGGAGAGUCCUGCGAAUCUCUUCUACUGUAUUAGUAGUCAACAGCAUACAUAUAUAAUGCCUUCAGUUCACCACAUAUUGCUUGCGUCUUUCUAUUAUCUUGCUCACGUCUACCGCCUUGUCUGUGAUUAAUGGAAAUGGUCUCGGAUGCUGGAAUUUAUUCUGACCAAUGAGCACAGCUGACUCAAGGGAGUCCAAUCUCUUGCAAAGUAAUAGAACAAAACCAAUAUGCAUAAAACAAAUCCAAGUCCCUAGGCUUUAGCUGAGAGAACCAACUACCUGUGUAAUAACAAAGCAGAAGAAACUAUUUCUCAUGUGACUGCAUAGACCGUAUAUUGUAUCUUAUCUCUAAUGUAGCUUACUUUUUCUCCCUUUGGUAACCAAGAUUGAUCUUUUUUUUUUCUUUAAAAGAAAAUAAGCCCAAAGUAAUGAACUGUUAUAUCUGGCACUGGCUUGGUUAGCAUUCUGUACAAUGCAAAGAAAUCCUAUUUAUGAUUAAAAUAAAUUAUUUUUGUGUGUAAUAGGA